AUGUGCUCUUCAUAUUAUUUAAAAUCUGAAAAAGUUGAUCCAGCCACAGGCCGCGAGCCGCCUGCUACCCCGCCGCACCGGUCAAGCCUACCUCUCGCCAGGUACCCCGAGGAGGACUGGACACACCUGCCCCGGGCCAGCUACCCCGAGGAGGACUGGACAAGCCUGCCCCAUGCCGGCGACCCUGGUGGAGAGCCGCCGGACCUGCCCCCAAACCCCGCACCGGAGGAACCGAUGCUGCUGGACUGGUCCAAGCCCAGCGUCACCAAUGAGUGCAUACCUCCAUCUUUGACUAGCACUAUCAUGUCUCGAGAGUCUCACACUGGAAAUGCCCUAAAAGAUGGCAGGGGUGACAGGGGAAAUGGAUUUGGUUUGAUGCAGGUUGAUAAACGAUCCCAUAACCCUGUUGGUACAUGGGACAGCAAAAAGCAGAUAGCUGAUAAUGCAAUAAAGAAAAAAUUCCCACAGUGUCCACCGGAACAACAGCUGAAAGGUUCAAUUUCUGCAUAUAAUGCAGGACCUAAAAGUGUCCAGAGCAAUGACAGAAUGGAUAUUGGCAUAACAAAUAAUGACUACGGCAAUGAUGUUAUUGCAAGAGCCCAGUUUUUGGAGAGAAAGGGAUUUGGAAACUAG